AUGGCGACGGUGGAGGUUCUUCAGGCUGACUCUGCGCAUUCCUUCUAUCGUCCUGGUAGUUCUUCUAGGGGAAGGCUAAUGCUAGAGAUUUGUGUUCGACGUGAUCAUCCGUCCACAGGUGCAAUCUGCAGCGGCGGCGCUGCCGGAGGCCAGCCCGGGGGAGCCCCUGAUCGAGGCGACUAAGGAGGAGCCGCCGCCCGUAGAAUCGACCAAGGAGGCGGCGCCGCCGGUGGAAUCGGCGUCCGACGAGCCGGCGGACGAACCAGUGGCCGCCGAAGACAACGUGGUCGAGGAACCGGCGGUGGAGGAGGCCGAAACGAAGGAAGUAACGGCGGAGGAGGCCGAAACAAAGAAAGAAACAGCGGAGGAGGCCGAAACGAAGAAAGAAACGGCGGAGGAGGCAUCGGAGAGUGCAGAGGAAGCGGCGCCGGAGGCGACAGUCGACCCAGUUCCUCAGCCGGACCCUGCGUCGCCUCCGGUGGCCUCCGAGGAGGAGGUGGAGGAAGAGGAGAAGAAAACACUCCCACCCGUCGUCGCCGGAGAAGAAGCUCCACCAGCGGUUGCCGGCGAGGAGUAG